CAAUCUGCCCUGAGUAGCUCCCUCCCAUCCUAUCUGAAGCUUCUGACUUCCCUGCUCAUCCAGGAGGCUCUUCACAUCAUCACCAUGGCUCCCAAGAAAGUUGAGUGCAAGAAGCCUGAACCCAAGAAGCCAGAACCCAAGAAGGAGGCUGCACCGGCCCCGACUGUCACCAAACCAGCUCCGCUGCCUGAACCUGAAGCCCCCAAAGAACCCCCAUUUGAUCCCAAGGCCGUCACGCUGGAGUACACCGCCGACCAGAUUGAAGAGUUCAAAGAGGCAUUUCAACUGUUCGACCGCACACCGAAAGGAGAAAUGAAGAUUACUUAUGCCCAGUGCGGGGACGUGAUGCGAGCUUUAGGCCAAAACCCAACCAACGCCGAUGUGCUGAAAGUCCUGGGAAAACCUAGACCGGAGGAAAUGAACUCCAAGUUGGUGGAUUUUGAGACCUUCCUGCCAAUGCUGCAGCAUAUCUCCCGCUCGAAGGAUAAGGGCAACUUUGAGGAUUUUGUGGAAGGACUGAGAGUUUUUGACAAGGAGGGCAAUGGCACCAUCAUGGGGGCCGAGCUACGUCACGUUCUGGCCACGCUGGGUGAGCGGAUGACAGAGGAUGAGGUGGAUCGACUGAUGGCUGGACAAGAGGACACCAACGGUUGCAUCAAUUACUCUUCAUUUGUCAAACAUAUUCUUUCGGGUUGAACUGGAUUGUUAGGAGCUAACUGAAUGGAUGGUGUGGAUUUUUAUUCCUUGAAAUAUGUUGUUUUACAGUAAUGUUUCAUUUUAAAUUUGAAUGGUGUUAAACCUCAAAUUGACAUUUUAACAUCCUCUUCAAAACUCUUUUCUAUACAUUAUGACUACUGUGCACGCCUGUGUUUUGUAGAUUUCGUCCAAUGGCAUAUUUGUUCAAUAAAAUCAGAUUAGCAUGGC